UUGCCAUGCAGGGAUGGAAGAUUGCAAUACAGCAGCAGUGCACAUGAGGCUACACUAGGGGCGGAGUUUGACCUCUCAUGUCUCGAAACAUCACUAAUCCGCGUCGGACAUUCUGGCACAGGCCAUCGCUGGCCCCGUUCUUACAGAAAAGGGACGAAUUUUCACCGGAAUAACACUGUCCCGAGCGGGUCUGUGCGGCAUCAAACAGAGGUUCGGGCUGCCGCCUGUGUGCGUGUCGGAGGGAUUGGGAGUGCUGCACUAUGACAGAUAGUGCGUUACAUGCGUCUGGACAUAUCUGCAGUGAUUUCUAGGCAGUUUUUAUUUGCGGGAUUCGGCGAGAAGUCUUGGGAUUUGCGCGUUGACAGCUGGACCGCGCUGCGCCUUCAUUGGAGGCGAGCAGUCAAGUAUCCGCUUCCCUUUAAGAUAUUGUCUAGUUGCCGUUCAAUGUCCAGUAGCACAUGGCUGAGGCUGCCCUGUGGUUGAUCCUGACAACUAACUGCUCCGGAGGUGCGUGGGGAUGAAAUGGAUGGAGCCCGUGGCCAGACCAACGCACCAGCUCCCACCUCCCAGCAUGUCCAGCCGCAGCAAGUCUCCCCCCAACUCUGGAGAAGUUGCAGGCUCCAACUCCAUGUCAUGGGUGAAGAUGUUCAAAAGACCCGGAGGAGGCCUGAAAAAAUCCUACCAGCCUGGGAGCAUGCUGUCUCUCGCGCUCACCAAAGGCCUGCUGAAUGAGCCCGGGCAAAAUAGCUGCUUCCUAAACAGCGCUGUUCAGGUGCUUUGGCAGCUGGACAUUUUCAGAAGAAGUUUGAGGCAGCUCUCAGGUCACUUCUGUCUCGGUGAUGCCUGCAUUUUCUGUGCUUUAAAGAGUAUAUUCAGCCAGUUUCAGCAGAGUAGAGAGCGCGUGCUCCCCUCCGACAGCCUGCGUAACGCCCUAGCUGAAACUUUCAAGGAUGAGCAACGCUUCCAACUUGGCCUGAUGGAUGAUGCUGCUGAGUGCUUUGAGAACAUCCUGGAGCGAAUUCACUUACACAUAGUUUCAGACGCUGCGACUGAUGCUUGUUCAUCCAAAUCCUGCAUCACCCAUCAGAAGUUUGCAAUGAUGCUUUAUGAACAGUUUGUGUGUCGCUGCUGUGGUGCAUCUUCAGACCCGCACCCAUUCACAGAAUUCGUACAUUAUGUCUCAACCACUGCUUUAUGCCAACAGGUUGAUCGCAUGUUGGGGAAGCACGAGCGGCUCAGGUCAGACAUGUUUGGAGAAUUGCUGCAGGCAGCAAACAACACAGGUGACCUCCGAAGCUGCCCGAGCGACUGUGGUCAAAGUAUCAAGAUCCGCCGUGUGCUCAUGAACUGUCCAGAGAUUGUCACGAUUGGAUUUGUAUGGGAUGCUGAGCAGUCUGAUCUUACCGAUGAUGUUAUUCGGUCACUUGGCCCACGUUUGAACCUGUGUGGCCUUUUCAACCGUGUCACUGAUGAAAAUGCCAAACGGAGUGAGCUACAUCUAGUGGGGAUGAUCUGUUUUUCGAGUAAACAUUACUCAGCCUUUGCCUAUCACACCAAAUCUUCAAAGUGGAUGUUUUUUGAUGAUGCUACUGUAAAGGAGAUUGGAUCCAAAUGGAAAGAUGUUGCCUCUAAAUGUAUCAGGGGACAUUUCCAGCCACUUCUUUUAUUUUACACCAAUCCUGAGGGAUCUCCAGUGUCUAAUGAAGAUGCACCACGGCAAACCACCAUGUGUCCUCGGUACAAAGCCCAAGUAAAAGCCCAAGUAAAUGGUGAUGCGACAGUGAAACAUCCCCUUGGCAGUCCUAACAAAUUCCAGGAACCUUUCAUGGAGAAUUUACAAAAGCCAAGGGAAACGUCAAAAAAGGACAGAGGGCAUCGGAAAACGGACCAAUCACAACACAAAGAGAUGGCACAUGCAAGAUCUUCAUCUCCUCCAGAGAAUGGACCGAGGCCUCCUGUGGACCAAAAAUUUAAAAGCUAUCCACGACCAGAGAAGUCAUCAAACCAUACGAGCAGAGGAUCUCAGGAGCUACGUGGACAGUCCUUUGGUACACAGGGUGGUGGGCAUAGCCGAAGGAACAACACUUCCCCAAGUCACUAUGAUCAGGAGAGCUGCCAGGAGCAAUGGGAAAGAGGUGGAAGUGAAGGAAGCCGCAAUAAAUCCAAGUCCACUUGGAGACCCAUUCGGGAGGUGUUAAAUGUGGACACUGUACUGAAUGAACUGGAGCAGCGCCGUCAACAGCAACAUGACAGCCCGCGGCACAGUAAGCCAUCAUCCCAGGAAAGAGUGCACACUGAGCAAAGCCGAGACCGUGAGCGGGAAUAUGUACAAACCAGAGAAGAUCGGAAGCAGAAGUAUUUAAUGACGAUUUAUGAGGAUGAGCAGCGGCACGAGACCGAGAGCCAUAGCUCUGUAGAGUCAGAGAGCAGGGCCAACCAACAGCGGGGCAGCAGACUUAAGGGUGGCCCCAAGACACUGCUGCGCAGUGAUACCUGGACCAUUCAAAGGACAGAGUCUGGUUAUGAGAGCAGUGAUAGACUCAGCAGUGGCUCCACCAAUCCCGACUCACCUGGCGUUGAUGGCUUUGUUGUUAAAGACCAGAGAUCAGCACCAGAGGCACAGUUGCAAAGUCAGCUGCACCAAAAAGGAGGCGAUGCCAAGUCAAGUAUAACGUCCUCUCCUUCACACAAUGGUAAACAUCAACCCAAACCUCAGGGAAAGAACCAUGACCAAGUUUCACAUUCACAUCUAAAGUGCAGUCCAAGUUUGAGACGGAAAUCAAAGUACACUUCUAGUACCUCCAGAAAAGUAGUGUCUUCAGAGAGGGAGUCCACUGGUUCAGAUAACAGGCAGAGUGAGCAGCAGGAGCUGACAAACUGUAGAGGGCACACUGGAGAAAGUACAGCCCUGAGGCACAUUACAAAAACCAGCAGCUCAGAAUGGAACAGCUCCGAUGAUCUCGCUCUCUCUGAACCCGAGGACAGAGAAAGCACUUACCGCUCCAGCAACAGCGAGGCCGUUGCGUCUGAAUCCCAGUGUCCUCACAUCACCCUGCCAUACCACCCUCCCAGCAGUGUGACUGCAGAACCUCUUCAACUGAACAGUCAGCGUCAGCUCGGCACAACGGGGUCGCCUAACCUUCGACCGACCCAGCGGAUCUGUCCUCAUCAGGGUGAAACAAGCCACGCAGUGUUUCGUCCGAGGAUGCUUCAAGAACCCUUUCCGUCAAGUCCUCGUCUCUCAUCCACAUCUUAUGUCAGUCCUCACAGGAAGCCUGACAUUUCAGGCCUCAGAACCUUCUCAGAUGCAAGCUCCAAGUCGGGGUCUGACCCAGAGAGGAGUACCCCAUCAUCAUGUGAAAGUGAGGAAAGACUAACUGGAUGUAGAGUGGAACAGGCAGUGCCAGCUCAAGAGGUUUCUCUGACAACAUACUUUACUGUGGAUAACUGUAUGACGGAAACAUACCGUCUCAAGUACCACAACCAGAGGCCUCUUGUCCUCUCUGCCACAGUGCCACGGACAGUAGUUGUGACUGAGCGCAGAGAUACCAGCCACACACUCCCCACUGACACAUACUCACAAGAUGUGCCAAAAGCCAGACCUGAAACAAGCCAUAAUAGCAAUAAACCCACUGCAAAAUGGAACCCAGUGACAGCCAAAGGACUGGAUGAACGUGGUUUUUUAUGAGUGUUACUUGGUAAGGUUUGUUUACAUGGAUGGAUAGUGGUUAGUAGUGUACUAACUGAAUGCCAAAGAGUUUUCACAAUGGAAAUUUGUUCUGAAGCCCAACAUCUCCAAAUUGAGUGGAAUGUAUUUAUGCAAGCUUGUCACAUAAGUAAAACCUAUUUCUAAAUGCUGUUGUAUAUUGUUUGACGGAUUAUCAACACAUAUACGUAGUUCUGCCGAAAUGAAGGUAUACCAGUAUAUUGCAAGUAAGGCAUGAGAGAUUAAUAUGAGUCACAGUUAGAUUGAUUAAACUGUGGUCUGUACAGUAAUUAUACAAAGAUGAAAGAAGGAAGUGUGAUGACAAAUCGCAGCAUGUUGACAUGAAAGGUGUGAUGUGUUAGAGAUACUUUAUCAGAAUAUGAUGUCAUUCUACACAAUGAAAUAAAACCUACAGGCUGAAGGUUUGCAUCAUUAGCAGCAGGUUUAAAGUAGUUAAUUUAUUUACACGUGUCAAAAGAGUAAUAUCUGGGCAGCUUACCGACUUUAUGCAUAUUGAGGGCUUUAGGUCACCAGGGAACAGACAUUGCACCAAUUACGUUUAUUCAGUUACUGAUUUGUUUAAACUGUUAUCAUUUAUCUGUUAUUUCACAACAUUUAUAUGUUAAUGAAUGACUGAGGGCUGCUCCGUACCAGUCAACCUGCUUGGGUAAAAAAUCUGUUGACAAAGAUUCUUGUUAAUUCAUUGUUUCAAAUGAUUUGUUCAUUUUCCUGGAAAAUUAUAAGCAGAUUUCAUGGCAUCAGUAUGUAUAGAUCUUUGAGAGACAAUGUGUCUCUACUGCGUUCAGUUUCUGGCAGCCUACAAUUUGUUGACUAUGACGUUGUGUAGUUGUGGCAGCCCUCAGGCUAUUCAGUAGCUCACUAUAUACUAUAGGACCAUGUCACCUUGUGUACUCUACCUUCGAUUGAGCUGGUUUCUUGCAAUCCUUUUUAGUAAUUCAUAGUGAUGUCAAAUUGUAUUUUUUCAGUCUUCCUUUUAAAGUAUACAGAUUUAAACAAGUCUGUAUUUGCAGGUAUUUUCAUAAUGAUGGCAAUUUAAUUAAUAUGCCUAAUAUAAUAUUGAUCAUACAACACAACAAUUAUUCUUGUUCGUAAGACUAAUGUUCUGAACCUGCAUGUGGCCUUUACAAGGUCUUACCAGCUGUGUGUACAGCAUAAGCAUGAGCAUGAUAAUACUGGACUGAGUCCAACAAACAAAUUAUUUUGGAUUUUACUUAAUCAUAAUAAAAUCAAUUAAUUAAAUAGCAAUUUGUAACUACAGUAGAUUUGGAAACACUUGAAUGUUGUUCUCUUCUCUUGCUCAUGCAAGGACACGUACUUUUGGUUAUGCAUCCAUUGUAAAUAUAAACGUGUGAUGCAAACAAUACUCUAGAAAACAACCAACUAUCCAAGACAUACUAUGCCUUCACAAGAAAUGACUUAUAUAUAUUAUAUAUAUAUAUAUAUAUAUAUAUUACUUUAAAAGCAGAUUUUGGUAUUUUUAAGGCUUUGUAUUCUAUACAUCCAACAUUCCCAAGAACACAUAUAAAUCAAAGUGUCGAUAAUUUUUCAAAUAUUGAUAUCAAUUUUCUUUUGUGCUCACUAGAUUGGCAAGUCUUUUCCUGAACACCCUGCCACAUAUAUAUUUUUUCACGUACUUUGCACUUUUGUCUAUCCACAAUAACCUUUGUCCAGGUAUUUCUCAACUAUUCUAACUGCACACAUUUAGUCACUAAAUUUGCUGUGUUUGUGUGUGUUGUGUUUGUGCUGUCUGACACCAAAGGAUGGUGUUAAGAGAUUUAUGUGUGUGUAAUCACACCUAAACUUGUAAUUUAAGCAUCUACUUGCGUUUGUUGUGGUUUAUUUAUUGACACUGUUUAAAUUCAAGAGAAAGAAGGCGUAACUGAGUUAUUGAGAAUUUCUUUAAUUGAGCAAUCUAAUGUUUCAAAUAACAUAUGCCUUUACACACGUUGAUUGUGUUGUAGUAAUUAAAAUUCACACAUUUUACUGUU